GACGUGUUUUUCUGCUGCACCAGUUCGGCCCGUGGCCGCCAUAUUAGCGCCGCUGUCGCUUCGCUGCUGUCCGGGGACUGGCUUCAUUUACUCGGGAAGGAGUGGUGGCCGAUUCCUGCUGGAGGAACCUCGGUGCAGCUGCUCGGCCAGGGUCCGGGGUCCCGUUCGGAAGGCGCUGGAACUGGUUUCAUGUCGAGAUGAGCAACAACAGUAACAAGCGAGCUCCAACAACGGCAACCCAGAGACUGAAACAAGACUAUCUUCGAAUAAAGAAAGACCCAGUGCCUUAUAUCUGUGCUGAACCUCUCCCAUCUAAUAUUCUUGAAUGGCAUUACGUGGUACGAGGCCCUGAGAAAACACCUUAUGAGGGUGGUCUUUAUCAUGGGAAGUUAGUUUUCCCCAGAGAAUUUCCCUUUAAACCCCCUAGUAUUUAUAUGAUUACACCAAAUGGAAGAUUCAAAUGCAAUACGCGGUUAUGUCUUUCAAUCACUGAUUUCCAUCCAGAUACCUGGAACCCAGCCUGGUCUGUCUCUACAAUCCUGACAGGUCUCCUUAGCUUCAUGGUAGAAAAAGGGCCUACAUUGGGUAGUAUUGAAACUUCAGAAUAUACAAAAAGGCAACUUGCUGCCCAAAGCAGUGCUUUUAAUCUAAAGGAUAAAGUGUUUUGUGAGCUCUUCCCAGAUUUAGUGGAGGAAAUAAAGGAAAAGCAACGAGCACAAGAGGAACUAAGUAACAGGGCUCAGGCCCUGCCUCUACCAGAUGUUAUCCCUGAUGGUGAAGUGCACCAAAAUGGUAUGCCGCUUCUUAAUGGGCAUGCAGUGCUACCGGCUGCCAACCACCAAGGCCUUCAACAGGCCAACCGAAACCACGGACUCCUAGGGGGAGCUUUAGCAAACUUGUUCGUCAUUGUUGGUUUUGCAGCUUUUGCCUACACAGUGAAGUAUGUGUUACGAAGCAUAGCACAAGAAUAAAGCUGCUGAAGAGACCAAAUUGUUGCAACCUUGCAAACAAAUCGGACUCCUUUUGGGGGAAACGUUGCAGAAGGGGAAGAGUAAGACUGUGCGCUGGAGUGAUGUAAUUAAAAUUACAUUUGUAUAUGUACAAAAAGUGACCAAUUAGAGCCUAUGGUUUUCUUUCACAGAUGUAUGGAUCAACGGACCUAACAAAUAGUUCAAGAAUUUGCAAGGGUUCAGAUUUACUGUGCUGGUCAUGCAUAUUUUACAGUGGAUGACCAAUAUUAUGCCUCUUAAUUAUGGUGAAUCUGAGACUCGUGCUAUUUCUAAAAGAGGCAUCUUUUGCAGCAGCAUUUUCAGAUUUUAAUUGUUUACUUCACAAUGAUUAAAAAUCUAUAGCCCAACAUAAAUGACUUUUUAAUGUAUUUAUAUUACUGUUGUAUUUUGAGUAUAUUGGAAGCAUUUCUGGAAUGAAAACAAAAUGCAAAAAUUAAAUGCUAAGUGGGAUAAAACUGAGUGUGGACUUAAAAGCACUUUUUGAAAAGUGAUUUUUGUUUCAGCAAAAUUGGGAAGGUGAGAAUGCGAUGUUGGUCGUCCAGUGUAAAAUAAGUGACCGCCUGAAAAAUCGAGACCGUGUGCACAUUCCGACAAACUGAUUACAGGCUUUUUCUCAUUAAGUUUUAUGGGUAACCCUUUGGCAAAACACUUACUGCAACCAUCAUUUAUGGGCUUUUUUUGUAAUUGACCUCCAUUAAGAAAAGAUGCUCAAAAUGCACCACUUCCGUCGCUGGAAACAAUACUUUAAUGGACGAUAAUUUGCUGCUUAAUCAGUUAUUUCUGGAAGAUGUUAAGUUUGCCUUAAUAUCUUUAGAAUUUUCCAUACUUUUUCCCCAAAAAAAACCUGUGUAAAAUUUUGAUAGACUUGGCAGUUAGACACAGUUGCCGGGGGACUUAAACAAAGUCUUUGCAAUGCCUCAUCCUGGUUUUAUGGGUGGCAUUAAACAUUAAAAUAGGGUAUUUGGAAUACUGUUAAAUGUCAUUUCUAACAAGCGAUAGAAGUUAAAUUAGAUUUUCACUUGACUGAACACAGUCAUUUUGUUAAAAUAACUUCCUGAAUAUAAUUAUACAUGUCCCACUCAACUAUUAAUCUGAAAUGAGCAUUUUGUGCAUAAUAGCAAUGACUGCCUUGAAAAUUGACUAUCAGCAAAAUUGAGGAUACAUUAGUACUUGCUUUAAUGUCAUUGAAAUAAACUAAAAAUCUUCCAGAAUUAGUUACUUAUUUUCCAUAAAGAGACUGAUAUUAACAUAAGUGUAAAGUCCACAAUUUUAUUCUGAAAGUAUUGAGUAGGGAAAUGUUUGUCAUCCAUUAAGUUUCUACCGUUCUACUUUAUAAUGUACAAAAUAUUUGUCAAGCCUUUGGAAAGUGUGUUUCUUGAAAGCUGUAUUGGAAUUGAGAAUGUGUUGGUGACUUUGUAUUUUGGAAUUAUUGAAAACUGAACAAUGGAAAAACAAUGCAAAUUCAUUAAACUGACAAACAUUAAUGGUU